CUUUUUCCGUUGUAAUAAUUAAAAUAAAAAAUGGCUGAAGGGCAUAAUUGUCUUCUAAUUUACAUGUGCAGAAAAUUUCUCAUCAUUCAAGCUUCGCCAACCAGGCUUCAACGCCAUUAGAGAAAACCUUCAAGAUUAGUGGAUCCAGAAGAACUGCCAAAUAUACCCCGAUUCUUCAUUUGGGGAUCAUCUCUAUUAAUUUCUGGCCGGAGAAAUCCUUUUUAGCACUUCCCAAAAACCCUAGCAUUUCCGAUCUCCCUUUAUUCCGAUCGGAGAUCCUUCAUCACUGGUUCUCGAGUUCGUAAUUCAAUUGUAUAUGUUUCGAUUGGAUUUGUAGUUGUUGUUGUUGUAUCGACGUAGUGUAGGGAAUUGAUACCCCUUCUCAUGGAGUGGGCGACGGUGCAGCACUUGGAUCUCCGGCAUGCGGGUCGGAGCUCCAAACCCUUACAACCUCACGCCGCCGCAUUCCACCCGACUCAGGCACUCGUCUCCGCCGCGAUUGGCACUCACAUCAUCGAGUUUGAUGCUUAUACCGGAAGCAAGAUCGCAUCCGUGGAUAUAGGCUCACCUGUUGUUCGUAUGGCGUAUAGCCCCACCGCUGGCCAUUCACUGAUUGCUAUACUUGAGGAUUGCACGAUCCGGUCUUGUGACUUUGACAGUGAACAAACAUGUGUGUUACACUCACCUGAAAAGCGGACGGAACAAAUAUCUAUUGAUACAGGUCAUCUUGCCUUGACUCCUCUUCAGCCUGUUGUAUUUUUUGGUUUCCAUAAGAAGAUGAGUGUAACAGUUGUCGGAACUGUUGUGGGUGGGAAAGCACCAACCAAGAUAAAGACUGACCUGAAGAAACCUAUAGUCAACCUGGCUUGCCAUCCUCGCCUUCCUGCUUUGUAUGUGGCUUAUCAAGAUGGUUUAAUUCGAGCUUAUAAUAUCCACACAUAUGCUGUUCACUACACCCUACAGCUUGAUAACACAAUCAGGCUACAGGGUGCUGGAGCAUUUGCAUUUCAUCCAACUCUGGAAUGGAUUUUUGUUGGUGAUAGACGAGGUACAGUUUUGGCAUGGGAUGUAUCCACCGAAAGACCUUUGAUGAUUGGAAUUACACAAGUGGGUUCACAACCAAUCACAUCAAUUGCUUGGCUCCCAAUAUUGCGGUUGCUUGUUACUUUGUCAAAAGAUGGAUCCGUUCAAGUUUGGAAGACCCGAGUAGUUGUGAAUCCUAACAGACCUCCAAUGCAAGCAAAUUUUUUCGAGCCUGCUGCUAUCGAAUCUAUCGACAUCCCUCGCAUUCUAUCUCAGCAAGGAGGAGAGGCUGUUUAUCCGCUCCCGCGAAUAAGGGGUUUGGAAGUGCACCCAAAGUUGAAUCUAGCAACAAUACUUUUUGCAGGCAUGGGUGGGGGAGACAACCGCAAAAACAGAGCUGCAUACACUAGAGAGGGACGGAAACAACUCUUUGCUGUUCUGCAAAGUGCAAGGGGGUCCUCAGCAUCUGUAUUGAAGGAAAAACUUGUCUCCCUUGGUUCAUCGGGUAUAUUAGCUGAUCAUCAACUGCAGGCACAGCUGCAAGAGCAGAACGUGAAAGGCCAAAAUCAGUUAACAAUCGCAGACAUAGCAAGAAAGGCUUUUCUUUACAGUCAUUUUAUGGAAGGCCAUGCAAAGAGUGCUCCAAUAUCUCGAUUACCUCUGCUUACUGUAUUGGAUACUAAACAUCAAUUAAAAGACUUUCCUGUUUGCCAGCCACUUCACCUGGAGCUAAAUUUCUUCAGUAAAGAGAACCGUGUUCUUCACUAUCCUGUCAGGGCUUUUUAUGUAGAAGGACCAAACCUCAUGGCUUAUAAUAUUACAUCUGGAGGUGAAAAUAUCUACAAAAAGCUUUAUACUUCGCUUCCUGGAAAUGUAGAAAUCCAUCAGAAACACAUUAUUUACAGUAAAAAGCAGCACAUAUUUCUUGUAGUUUAUGAGUUCAGUGGUGGUGCAAAUGAGGUAGUUCUAUACUGGGAAAACACGGACCCCCAAUUCGCAAAUAGUAAAGUCACAACAAUUAAAGGUGCAGAUGGAGCGUUUAUUGGUCCUAAUGAAAACCAAUUUGCCAUUCUUGAUGAAGACAAAACUGCAGUUUCCUUAUAUAUGCUACCAGGAGCCGUCUCACAAGAAUCCUUAGAAAAAAAUGCAGCAGUUCGUGAAAACCAGUCUGUGGAAACCGAAGCUACUUCUAUUAAGGGCCCCGUGCAGUUUAUGUUCGAAAGUGAAAUUGAUCGUAUCUUUUCUACCCCACUAGAGUCAACUGUGAUGUUUGCUUCUCAUGGCGAUCAGAUUAGCUUGGGAAAACUCAUCCUAGGAUACCGUCUUCCUAGUAAUGAUGGGCAUUACAUCUCAACAAAAGCUGAAGGGCGAAAAUUCAUUAAAUUGAAAGUAAAUGAGAGUGUACUUCAGGUACAAUGGCAAGAAACGCUCAGGGGCUUUGUAGCUGGAAUAUUGACGACACAACGGGUCCUCAUUGUUACAGCUGACUUGGACGUAUUGGCUAGUAGUUCUGCAAAAUUUGAUAAAGGACUUCCUUCAUUCAGAUCCCUGCUAUGGCUUGGUCCGGCACUUCUCUUUUCUACUUCUACUUCUAUUAACGUUCUUGGUUGGGAUGGAAAAGUUAGGACCAUCCUCUCAAUCAGUAUGCCUAAUGCAGUGCUGCUUGGAGCUUUGAAUGACCGUCUGCUUCUCGCAAACCCUACUGAUAUAAAUGUUAGACAAAAGAAGAAAUUUGAGAUCAAAAACUGUCUUGUUGGGCUUCUUGAACCUCUUCUCAUUGGCUUUGCCACAAUGCAGCAACACUUCGAGCAGAAGCUUGAUCUGUCGGAAGUCCUAUAUCAAAUAACUUCAAGGUUUGAUAGCCUGCGUAUUACUCCAAGAUCACUCGAUAUUCUUGCCAGAGGUUCUCCAGUUUGUGGUGAUCUUGCUGUAUCACUAUCACAAUCAGGCCUGCAAUUCACCCAGGUGUCAAGAGGAAUUUAUGCAAUCAAAGCACUCCGCUUUUCUACUGCUUUAUCUUCUUUGAAAGAUGAGUUUCUGCGAUCAAGAGAUUAUCCUCGAUGCCCCCCAACUUCACAUUUGUUCCAACGAUUCCGCCAGUUGGGAUAUGCAUGUAUCAGAUAUGGUCAAUUUGAUAGUGCAAAAGAAACUUUUGAAGUUAUAUCAGACUUUGAAAGUAUGCUUGGUCUGUUCAUAUGCCACCUUAACCCCAGUGCAAUGCGGCAUCUCGCCCAAAAAUUAGAAGAAGAGAGCAGUGAUCCAGAGUUGAGGAGAUGCUGUGAGAGGAUCUUGAGAAUCCGUACUGGUGGGUGGACACAAGGCAUUUUUGCGAACUUUGCUGCUGAAAGUAUUGUCCCUAAAGAACGUGAAUGGGGUGGUGGGAACUGGGAAAUUAAGACGCCUACAAAUUUGAAGGACAUACCUCAGUGGGCACUGGCUGCAGAGGUGAUGCCUUACAUGAGAACUGAUGAUGGUACUAUCCCUUCCAUUAUUACAGACCAUAUUGGUGUUUAUCUUGGUUUGGUCAAGGGAAGAGGUAAUGUUGUUGAAAUGAGAGAAGACAGUUUAGUGAAAGCAAUUAAAGCUGAAGGUGGUAUCAAAUCAAAUGGAGUUCAGACAUCUCUUACUACCUCGAUUUCUAACCCGCCCAAAGGCGUCACUGCUCCUGAAUCUAUGGGUGGUUCGCUGAUGGGUCUCGAAACUCUCUCCCAACAGUUUUCAGUUUCCAAUGCUACAGAUGCUCAGAUAAAGGCUGAAGAAGAAUUUAAGAAGUCACUAUAUGGUUCUGCUGAUGGAAGCAGCAGUGACGAGGAAGAAACCUCGAAAACAAAAAAGUUACGUAUAAGGAUCCGUGACAAACCAGUUGCAUCUGCUACAGUUGAUGUCAACAAAAUUAAAGAAGCCACAAAACAGCUGGGUCUCCCUAUGAGUAGGACCAAGUCAUUAACUGGUUCAUCACCAGAGCUUAGCCUACUUGGACCUCAACCUUCAACCACUGGAACCGUGAAAUCUCAAAAUUCUCUUCCUGCUGAUAUUUUCGGAACCAAUGCACUGGUUCAACCACCACCUCUCUCACAUUCUAAUGCCACAGGACCAGGUGUUGGGGUUACUGUUGGGCCAAUACCAGAGGACUUUUUCCAGAACACAAUAUCAUCCCUUCAGGUUGCGGCAUCGCUCCGUCCACCUGCGCCGUUUCUGUCAAGAAUGGAUCAAAACUCUCAAGGCGUUGAAAAUAACAAGGUCCCAUCUAACCAGGGUAGUACACCUGCACCUGAGAUUGGCCUACCUGAUGGUGGGGUACCUCCUCAAGCUACUCAACAAACUGUUCCAUAUGAGUCGAUUGGGCUUCCAGGUGGUGGUAUUCCUCCACAAUAUUUGCCUCAACCUGCUGCUCCAUCACAACCACAUAUGCAAACGGUACAACCUCCUGUCUCUGCUCAGCCCCUUGAUCUCAGUUCACUUGGACCCGGGUCAGAACCAUCUGGAAAACCUCCUGCACGUUCAGCUUCGCCUCCAAAAUCUGUGCGUCCUGGGCAGGUCCCACGUGGUGCUGCUGCUGCAGUUUGUUUUAAGACUGGACUUGCUCACCUGGAGCAGAAUCAACUUUCAGAUGCACUAUCUUGUUUUGACGAGGCUUUCCUAGCUUUGGCCAAGGAUCAAUCUCGUGGAGCUGAUAUCAAGGCACAAGCUACAAUUUGUGCCCAAUACAAGAUUGCGGUUGCUCUUCUUCAGGAAAUAAACCGACUGCAAAGAGUCCAAGGCCCAAGCGCCAUAAGCGCAAAAGAAGAGAUGGCUAGAUUAUCACGCCAUUUGGGUUCAUUGCCUCUUCUUGCACAGCACAGGAUAAAUUGCAUUCGCACGGCAAUUAAGAAAAACAUGGAUGUGCAGAAUUACGGAUAUGCCAAACAGAUGCUCGAAUUACUCCUGUCCAAAGCACCUCCAGGCAAACAAGACGAAUUGAGAAGCCUAAUUGACAUGUGUGUUCAAAGAGGCUUGUCCAAUAAAUCAAUCGAUCCGCUCGAAGAUCCCUCGCAAUUUUGUGCUGCUACACUAAGCCGUUUAUCGACAAUUGGAUACGAUGUGUGUGAUCUCUGUGGUGCGAAAUUCUCUGCCCUGUCAGCACCUGGAUGUAUUAUAUGUGGCAUGGGAAGUAUUAAAAGAUCCGAUGCAAUUGCUGGACCUGUUCCUUCACCGUUCGGUUGAGGGUUUAAGGUAUGCUGGACUUCUCUGAAACCUGCAUUCACACAUAAUGAAGGCACUUCAUACUAGAGUCUGAAAAAGAAAAAUUCCGAGUGUUCUGAAAUUUCCUCGCAAGUAUUUAAUUUUUAUCUCUGUUGUACAUUUUUUUGUAUUGUUUUGUUAUAUUGUUCCUCACUUCCUCUAUCACUCCAUUUGCCUAUAGUUUGUAAUAUUCUUUAUGCCCAUAUUUUUAUUAUGCUUUGUCUGUAAGCAGUUGUUUGCAGGUUCCGGCUAUUUGUACGAAAGGCGUGUUUUUGUAUGUGUUUUGAGGUUUGAUGUAACUAGUAGAGGUAUAGGUUGGUUUGUUUGUUUUUAUUUUCUUUUUUCCUU